CUGGUUGCGGUUCCCUCAAUUGCUGCGCGCGUGUCUCUUUGUGCUUGUGCGUGUAUCCUGAAAUAUAACUACAAGGAUAUACCAAUAAACUGCUGCCUCAUUUGCCUCAUUUGGAUUAGGACUUUGUUUUCAUCCUGUCGCGAUGAGGACUUUGCCAUUGCUGUUGGCGCUGACGCUGCUGGCCAUUGGAGCCGUCGCAGCAGCUUCCGCGUCUACCAAGACCACGGCCAAGACCAAGACCACCGCUUCCACCACCACCACAACAAUAACAACCCCAAAGCCAAAGAGCGAGUCCAAGAUAAAGGCUGAGGCUGAUAAGCCAACCAAGAAGACAUCGCCAUCUGCAAAGCCAUCGUCCACGGCUGCCACCACAAGGCACUCGAAAGCGCUGAAGGCAGCCUUGAGUCCUGGCGAGAGCCGCGGCAAGAGGACGCUCUUUGACUUUGGCAAUGCCGGCUAUCUGUAUCCGGAGGUGGCCAGUAGGAGGUCCGGCUAUGUGGACAACACAGCUGGCUAUUAUCCGCAGACUGGCUACUACAGCGGACAGAACGCCAUUGCUCAAUUUCCGGGACACUUUGGACCGGCAUAUGCGCCAUAUCCACAGUACCUGGAGGCCCCCGAGCCCAUAAUCGAGAUCAUUAUCAAGGAUGCCAAUGAGACGCUCGCCGAGGAGCCGGCCCAGCCGAUAGUGACCAAGAAGAGGAGGAAGAAGGAGAAAGUGCAUGUGUUCUACGUGAACUACAAGAAGGAUCAGAACAACAAGCUGCACCUGGAGUCGCCUAUAGCCUCCCUGAACAACGAUGACAACGAGGAGGAAGAGGAGGAGGAGGAGGAGGUGAUCCAGUACCCAGUGACGCCUCUGCCGCCCCUGAAGCCCACCACCCUGCGCACCAUCAUCCACCCCGACUCCGAGAAGUAUCACAGCAACUCCGGAAUCCACGUCUCCUUCGGUGCGGAGAACAAACACCAGACUGGGCACAUUCUGGAGGAGCACGAUGCCGAGAGCAUUCAGCGACAGGUGGUGGCUCUGCCGCUCCCAGUGACUGGCCACAAGACACAGGACGGCAGCUAUCCCGGAAACACCCGGGCCGACUAUGGCCGUGAGAGCAGCUUCAGUAGGAGUCCAGGACCCAUCGCAAAUCUGCUCUUUGGAGCUGGAGGUGGAGGUGGAGGCAGCGGCAGCUCCAACAACUACCACCAGCAGUCACCACUGCACUUCCAGGGCCACCAGCAGCUUCCCACGCAGCACGGAAGCAAUUACUUCAGACCCCCAUCCGCCCUGGUGGGGCCGCCACACUCCUAUCAGAAGCCGGCGACACAGACGCAUCCACAGCCCCCACAACAGCCACAGCAGCAACUGCAGCAGUCACAGCAGCAGCACCAACAGCCACAGCAGUCUCGUCCCAGCAUCACGCAGCAGCAACUGCCUUCCACCUCGUCUCAGACGAUCUUUAACAAGUUGGUCCAGCAGUCGCAAUUCUACGUCAAUCACAAUCAGCAGUAUCCGUCGCAGCACCAAGGCCAGCCACACCAGCAGCAGCAGUACCAGAAACCACCUCACAAGCAGGUCCAGGUGCCAUUCUUCCCCACGAUUCCACCUAAGACACAGGACCUGUCAUCGCGCCCCAGUCCAGCGCCAUAUCAUCCGAUCAAGUUCCGUCCAACACCAGCUCCGACGACGCACGCCAAGCCCUUGCCACUGCCUGUUAAACUGGACAAUGCAAACUACCAGCAACAACAGCAACAGCAGCAGCAGCAGCAGCAGCAACAUUAUCAAACACAGCAACAACAACAGAAGGUACCACAGCCCUAUCAGUUCGUUCGACAGCCCCAGUUUGUGCAGCAGCCGCAGUUUGUGGUGCGCUCCCCCACGCCCGUUCCGGAAUAUUACCCACAGCAGCAGCACCAACAAUCGCAGCAGCAGCAUCGCCAGCAGCAACAGCAACAGAAGACCAUUCAGAGCACCCUUAACUACUUCGACAUCAAGCCAUCCAAGGAGACAGAGCUCUUAAAAUCCAUACCCAAGUACGAGCAGCACAUCACCGAGACCGUGCAGAAUCCCAUAGCUCCCUCCCAGCAGCAUCAGCAGCAGCAGCAACAUCAUCAUCAGCAGCAGCAGCAGCAGCAAUUCAGUUACAGCAGCACCCGUAAUGAGGUGAUCCAUGAUGUGCCCGCUCCCAAUCUUACACCCUCUGCCCAACAGCCAGUCUCCGGCCAUUACAUAACCGCAAGCUCAGGUAGCGCCCAACAUCAGCAGCAACAGCAGCAGCAACAACAACAGCAAUCUCACUUUGCCAGCUUUCCCAGCGAGGCUCCGGUCCAGCCGCCCGUGUAUGCGGAGUCUACGCAUGGCCAAAAGGUAAUGGUGGUCACACCAGUGCCCCCAUCUGCCAACUAUGUGACCUACAAUCAAUAUCCGCAGGCGGCAAACGAGCCCGUGGUCCAUGUGAACUCCCAGUCAGCCGCUCUGCAGGCCCAGGCCAGCACUCACUUUGCUCAGCAGCCCCGGCAGCCAACUGGCUCCCAGAUCAGCGCCCCCUCGACGGACCACUCGCCCUUCAGUGUCUCCACCUUCCACUCGGAUGUGUUCAAAGAGCUUGAGCAGCGAAACCAGCAGGAUGCGCAGUCACAGCAACAGCUACAGCUGCAGGUACAGUCACAGCAAGUGCAGCAACAACCAAGUGCCGCUUCAGUACCAACUGGUACGGCUGCUGCCCCAUCGGCAUCCUCUCCCAAUGGAAAGGCCUCACAGACACUGCUCCAACUUCCCGACGAAGUACCCGACGAUCUGCGCCAGCAACUGUUCUCCUCUGGCAUCCUAAACAACGCCGACAUCUCGAUCCUCGACUAUGACAAGCAAGGGGACAUUGCCCUGGAGAACCUUCCCGCCGAGCAUCUGCAGCACUUCUAUGGAGCCGGCGGCGGCGCCCAGAUUGCCGAGACCAACAAGGUGCUCACCGUGGUCAAGCCAAAUGGAGACAAGGUUGGGCUCAGCGAGAAGCAGAUUGAUCGCGUCAAGCAGAGCAACUCCCUGCCCCAGAAGCAGAAUCUGGACGUAAAGGUGGUCCGCUAUGAUGCGGGACAGAGCCAGAGCGUCAGCGAGAAGUAUGUUCGCACUGAUGCCACGGUGGUGACCCCCGUGGACCUGACCGAGCGACAGCAGUACAACCGCUACCUGCCCCUGAAGAUAAACGGAGCCCAGUUCCCCAUUCCAGACAGCGAGGAGCUACAGGGCAAGAAGAUCGUCAGCGUGGUCGUCCUGGCGCCCGUCGACUCUCAGCCAGGCAGCAGUGAGGGGCGCAGUGUGGACAACAAGGAGGUCAAGUUCUUGGGCGGAGAUCUCAUUAAAACCCUGGUGAAGAAGCCCACUAAAGACAACUUCAAGCGUUGGCUGGAGAAAGAGUCUCGCACGGACCUCGAGCUGCAGUCCGUUGUUCUGCUGGUAACUAGGACCAGCGACUCAUCCGCGGAUCAGGAGAUCUUCAUGUACGACAUCGGCACGGGCAGUAUCAAUCGAUUGAACGGGGAGCUCUCGAGCACCUUCGUCAGCGUGGCCGAGGAGAACGCCAGCAGCGAGGAUCUUGAACAUGCCGCCACUCUGGACCACAGCUCGCUGGAGUCCAUGAUGCAUCUGCGACGCAGAUAAAUUGAGUCGCAACCGCAGUCCACAACAAAAUGCCAUUUAGCUACUCUUCACAUCAUCGUGCACACCGUUCCACAAUUUCGCCUUAUUUUUUUCCUCCUUUUACCACCCUCCUUCCUUAGUUUUGCGUUCCGUCUCUUCUCUUCUUGAGCUAUCAUCAGGUUGCACAUUUCCAGCAAAAGAAAAGAGAAUCAUGCUUCAUUGAUCACGGCAUUGCAUCCCCAAGUCCACUCGUAGUAUUUCCAUUUUGUAAAUAUUCUAUGCUGAUGUUACAAUUAUCUUAAUUUAAGUUAAUUUACGUAAAACAAUCAAA